AUGGAACCCAACGAUGGCUUUCUCCGAGCCUUUCUCCAUGCGUGCCUGGCUGGAGACCUAUCCAAAACCCAGGAAGCCAUCGCCACCGGCCGAUUAACUGCCGAAAACCUCAACAAGGGACUCAAGCUGGCGACACACAUCGCACACCCUGACAUCGUGGCCACUCUCUUCGACGCUGGUGCUAGCGUGACCACGUCAACAGUGGCUUCUCUCCCCGGGCCAAACCUACAGCAGCACCCGAGCGUUGUUCGCCACUUCCUGGACCAUGGCCUUGACCCCAACUCAAGGCUUUCUAACGGCGAGCCUCUCCUUCCCAUGUUAAUUAAUCCCGCAUCUGCUCGCGAAUUACUCUUGGCAGGCGCCGACCCCAACCUCUGCGGGCCGAGGGAAAUACCUCCCCUAGGCCGCGCCCUUGUGACUAUCCAGGAGGAAGACCUUUCUCUUCUUGAGCUGUAUAUCGAACACGGAGCCACGCUAUCAGCAGACCUCCUAUUUUUUGCUAUGGCUCCGCGCGUCCGCCAAGCAGAGCUCAAGACUCGGUUCCUUCUCAACAAGGGUCUCGAUCCGAACGUGACCUCCGACGAAUGGGGCACGCCUCUACACUGUGCCAUUUGCUGCGCCAAACCAAGCCUCGUCAAGCUGCUACUGGACGCGGGUGCAGACCCGAGAGUUGUAUCAGGCGGCAGGAAAACCUAUGGCACAAGUCCCACGCAGGUAGCCGAGAGCGUGCGAGAUCCCGGAACCCGGGGAGCUAUACUUAGUCUACUUGAUUCCCAGGCCAGACCCGAGGGAGAUACCUAUUUAGGCCGUAUUCAGGGCCCGGCCGGCAGAAAUCUUCAGCAAUGCCAGAUCUUCUGGGGAGGGACCAGCUUGCAUGACAAAGAUAAGACGAAAUUGCACGAUAACGAUGGUAACUGCGGAGAGCCUAUGAUGGCCUAUUUGUGCUAUAAAAACAACGGGAUCAACUUGCCAGAUCAGAAAGCGAGGAGUGGUACCUGGGUCAAUGGGUAUAAGGGAUGGAGAAAGGCAGACCAAUGUGCAAGUAACAGGGAUGACACUUGGGGCUGCAAUCUUUUUACUGCGAAUCAGGGGCUGAAGGUCUUAGAUAGGGACACGUCGGUGGAGCCCUACACGCUGGCAAACCUUGCAGGAGACUCCACCGUUCCGGAACAAAUUCAUUUAUAUGGGGGCCAACACAGGUUGUUUGUUGGUUAA